AAAUGAGAUUAAGGAAUAUUGUUUUCAUUUCUCUUGUUCUCCUCCUUACACUUUCGGUGACUUGCAGUGAAGAUUCGAAGAAACCAACAGUGUUGAUAACAAUUUUAGUUCGAAAUAAAGCCCACACGUUACCAUAUUUCUUAACCUUUCUGGAACAAUUAAAUUAUCCGAAAGAACGAAUACGUCUGUGGAUAUACAGUGACAACAAUAUCGAUAACUCGAUUGAAAUAUUAUCGACAUGGCUGGAAGGAGAAAGUAACAAGUAUCAUGGAGUCGAAAUAAAUUUUGAUAAAAAAUCUAAUGGAUUCGAAGAUGAGAAUGGAAUUGCCGAUUGGUCGACGCAAAGAUUUCAACACGUGAUAAAUUUACGGGAGAAAGGUGUUGACGCGGGGAGAAAUAUGUGGGCAGAUUUCAUCUGGAUGCUCGACGCUGAUGUUUUCCUGACAAAUCCAAAUACUCUCGACGAAUUGGUUUCAACGAAUAAGACCGUAGUUGCACCGUUACUGAAAUCCGAUGGCAUGUACAGCAAUUUUUGGGCUGGAAUGAACACCGAUUACUAUUAUCGAAGAACAGAUGAUUACGACCGGAUCUUAUUUCGCGAAGAAACAGGAUGUUUCGAUGUACCAAUGAUUCAUAGCGCGGUUCUUAUAGAUCUGAGGAAACAUGCUUCGGAUGCUUUAACUUAUAAUCCAAAUAAUUUAGAUCGAUACAACGGUCCUAUCGACGAUAUAAUCAUUUUCGCUAUUAGUGCCAAGAAAUCUGGUGUGCCAUUAUUUGUUUGUAACAACAAUAUUUACGGAUUCGUUAUGAUUCCGUUAGAAGAAGGAGAAACAAUUGUAGACGACCUACAAUCUCUAACUAAUAUCAAGACAGAGAUAUUAGCAAACAGUAAUUAUCUGCCAUUGUCGCGAAUACUUGAAAAAUUUGUGCGAUACCCUGUUGCGGAUACAUUGCAGGUGGAUCAAAUUUAUAUGAUAAAUCUUUUAAGAAGACCAGAAAGACGCAAUAGAAUGAAUCGACUUUUUAAGGAACUCGGUAUUCGUGCGGAAACUAUCGAUGCCGUUGAUGGUAGGACAUUAAAUGAAUCUGUAUUGGAAAAUCUGAAAAUAGAAUUGAUGCCAGAAUAUACCGAUCCUUAUCACUCACGACCAAUGACUAUGGGAGAAGUCGGAUGUUUUUUAAGCCAUUACACUAUCUGGAACAAGGUAAUAGAAAAUAAUUUCGAAAAAGUCAUAAUCUUAGAAGACGACGUACGUUUCGAACCGUUCUUCCGUCAAAAAGUAUACUAUAUUUUAAAGGAACUCGUUAAUCUUCAGCUCGAAUGGGAUUUAGUGUAUUUGGGAAGAAAAAGAUUGUUGGAACAGAAAGCUGAAUCAUCGAUUGACGGAUCGAAAUACCUGGUACGUGCUGCCUAUAGCUACUGGACAUUAGGAUACAUCUUAUCGGCAACUGGCGCACGAAAACUAGUCGAAGCAGAGCCACUGACAAAAUUAAUACCCGUCGAUGAAUAUCUUCCAACAUUAUCGGACGCUCAUCCUAGAAACGACUGGAAAGCGCACUAUCCAAAAAGGAAUUUAAUAAUACUCUCUGCUGAUCCUCUGUUGAUUCAUCCAACACAUUACACUGGCGAAACUGGCUACAUUAGCGAUACAGAGAACUCUACGAUCGUAUUCGAUUACGAAAAUAUAAACAAAUCAAACGAACGAGAGGAGCUGUGAGUGCCAUAUGUACCAGAUCUUUUAUUUCGUGACAUCGUUCACUGCCGAUACUCUCAGUCAGAGACGCUAUAGGAAAUAACAUAGACAUAUGAACGAAAAGAAUUUUAUACAUUUUCUUGUAAUUUUUCUAUAAUUAUAUAUUAAUAUUAUCAACUA